AUGUCUACUAGUUCAAAUAAUUCACAUAAUACACCUGAAGAAUGUAGUGAAGAAGAAGCUUUGCAAAUACAACUUGAUGAUGAUAUUUAUAUUAGUGAUUUAGAUGAUGAUAAUAUUGAAAUUGAACAAGAUGAUGAAGAAAUUAUACAAAGUAUACAAGAUUUAAGUCUUGAAGAAAUUACUACAAUAAAUGAAGAAGAUUUGAAUAAAAAUUUAGAAUUAUCUCAACAACUUAAAUUAGUUGUUAAAGCUGAAUCAGAUGUUUGGAAGCAUGUAAAUAAAGAAACUCGCAAAUGUUCUUAUUGUUCUAAAAUAUUUGCACCAACAACAGCAACUAGUUCUAUUCGAUCUCAUUUACAAUCACAACAUAAAACAUUAUUAAACAAAGAACAAUUAAAUUUUGUAAUUAAAAAAUAUUCAUCAGAAAUUCAAAUGGAAAAAACUCAAGCUAUUUUUGAAUGGAUUAUUUUAGCUCUUAAGCCAUUUAAUGUAGUAGAAAAUAAAGCUUUUCAAAAUAUGAUAAAAAAAUUAGAUCCAUUUUAUCAAGUUCCUAAACGUAAAGCUAUUUAUAAUUUAGCUAUAAGUCAAUUUUAUGAACAAAGAAAUUUGAUAAAAAAUUAUCUUAGUAAUAUUAUAAGUAAAGUUGCUCUUACAGCUGAUUUUUGGACAUCUUUAAAAAUGGAAUCUUUUUUAGCUAUAACUAUUCAUUUUAUUGAUAAAAAUUGGAAUUUACAACAUUUUGUAUUAGAUAUAUUUCAAUUUAAAGGUUCUCAUACUGGAGAAAUUAUUGCUGAUAAAAUAUAUAAUUUACUUGAAGAAUUUGAAAUUGAAACUAAAGUUAUUUCAUUAACUACUGAUAAUGGUGCUAAUAUGAUUUCUGCAGCAAAUUAUUUACAAGAUAAGUUAAAUUCUAAUAAUUUUUGUCAUUAUAGAUGUAUAGCUCAUAUACUUAAUUUAGUUGUUUUAGCUGGUUUAAAUAAUUUAGAAAAUCCAAUUAAAAAGCUAAGAAAAUUAAUUAAAACUAUUCGCAAAUCAACUAAAAUUUUUGAAGAUUUAAAAAAUAUUGAAACAUUAGAUAAACAAUCAUUUUUAGCACCAAUUUUAGAUUGUAAAACUAGAUGGAAUUCAACUUAUCAUAUGAUUAAAAGAGCAUGUUUACUCAAUGAAUCUAUUGAAAUUUCAUUAAUUAAACAUCCAAAUCUAAAAACUUAUAUGCCAAACAAAGAAGAAUGGAAAAUUUAUGAAAGCUUAGUUCAUUUAUUAGAACAAUUUAAUGAAGCAACUAUUGAACUUUCAUCACAAUCUUAUCCAACAAUUGCACAUGCACAAAUAAUUUUAUUAGCUCUUAGAAAGAUUUAG